CUUACAAAACAUCACAAUGGCGGAAGUUCAGUCUCCAAUUACUUCACCAUCGAGUGACAAACCAUUAGAUACACGAACGCGGGACGCAAUCGCAAACGGACUGGUUGAUCUUCUGAAACCUGCAGUUGAGGAGAUUGACGAGAGGGUGUCGUGCGUCAGAGAUGGUCAAGUGGAACUAAGGCAACAGAUAGACUGUCUUGCAGAAGAAUUGAGGAAGAUAACAGAAUGUGAGCAGAAUCCAGUUGACCUUGAACCCUAUGUGAAGAAACUGAACACCUCUCGGCGCAGAGUGACACUCGUCAACAACAUCCUGCAAAAUGUCCAGGAGCGACUUAACAAGUUACACAACAGUGUUUCCAAGGAAACAGCUCGGAGAAAGUCCAUGCUUGACCCGGUUACUCCUGUGCCACCAAACUGAAACAUCUUGUCGUGUCAAAGCGAUGUUUAAUAAGUUAUGAACAAUGUACAGCUUGUGUUUGUCUAAUGGCCACAGCCAUGCCAAUUCCAGUGUGAUUAUUACAUUCUGUUGAGGGAGUGAAAUCAAGGGGACUGUUAUCAACAUUACAAACACAGGAUUUAUGAUGGAUGGUUUUGCACGAAAAGUGUUUAAUGUUCUGGCUUUGUUAUUAUUUAUGAAUAGUGAAAUUUAUGUUUUAUCCUUGUGUGUUCAGUGUGCAGUAUUAAACAAUUCUGCAGCUUCUAGCUCCCUCUUGUGGAUUUAUUACCACAAAGUGAUUUUUGCACAACUUUUGUAGGUUUAAUUUUAAAGCAUAAAGACAAAUUCAAUGUUAAGUAUUGAUGUGAAAUCAUGUUCAUUAAUGACUGCUAUAAGUUAAAGUUUGGGAGUGAUAAUUCCUUCAACUACGGAAAGAAAUUCUUAAUGUUAUUGUGUCUUAAUUCUAACAGGUCUUGGAAGUGUAAAGUGUUUAAUCUUGGUAAUGUGUAUGUGCCUACAUUCCUUUGUCUACUUUAGGUAGUGUUUCCACAUUCAAAAUUUGAACUAUGAGUCUAUGAAGAAAUCCAAGACACUCUGCAGAUCAAGAAGAACAAUGGAAUCCCGAUUCCACUACACAUUCCAUAUUUUGUGUUGUUGUUUUUGUAUAUACCCUUGUAUUGCACAUGUUGAAGGGUUAAUCGGUUAUAUCACGUGAGUUAAACUGAGUGGUAACCUGUGUAAGUCUUGUCAUACAUCUAAAAUCUGAUAGAUUGCAGACAAGUCCGUAUGAAACUUACAUGACGGUAUGAAAUGUACAUGCGUAUGAAGAAAAAAUAUCACUCAACAGUAUUUAAAUUAUGUAUGAAAAUGAAUGGAUGAAAUUGUCA